ACAGGUCACCCAGCCCCCCCCAGUCAGGACGCCUUCACCGCCACGCCCCGUGUCCUGCCCCCGGCUCCCCAACCCUGGUUGUAGAUUCCUUGUGUGCAUCGCGUGAGCGUCGCGGAGAAGUCUCAGUACUUAGCGGGAGACUUUCUCCCUUAUCUCCGUCCACCGCUGCGCAUCUUCCUCUUCUCUAUCCCAAAAACAAAACCAAACCAACUAUGGGGCAUCCACGUUGCGGGUCAACAGUUUUCAUCUUUGCGUCCUUGGUCGCUCUCGUUGGUUUUUGCUCCGGAGGUUCGGACGCACCCCGGGGCGUCGCAAUGGGGUUCGUUUUCGACCCCAAAGCGAAGUGCGACCCACCGUGCGAACAUGCAGGAGUCUGCAUCCGCAACAAUACUUGUUUCUGCUCGAAAGGAUAUGAAGGAGAAACCUGCCGAUAUGCCAACUGUUAUCCCAAAUGUAAAAAUGGUGGAGUGUGUCUUCGUCCUGGAAAAUGUAGAUGCCCUCUUGGAUUUGGAGGAAGAUACUGUCACAAAGUGACUUGUGAUGGGGGAUGUUGGAACGGAGGGGAAUGCACCGCUGUUAACGGAGUGUCCAAGUGCAUCUGCCCAUCAAGCUGGGCCGGAUCAAAAUGCCAAAAUGCAAUUUGUCCCCAAGGCUGCAGGAACGGGGGGAUCUGUGUGGCUCCAGGAAGCUGCAGCUGUCCAGAGGGAUGGCUGGGUGGUGCCUGCCACAUCGCUGUGUGCAGUCGGCCCUGCCUGAACGGAGGGAAGUGCAUUUCUCCCAACAAAUGCCGCUGUCGUCCUCUUUUCUCUGGAUCGCACUGCGAGGAGAGGAAAAACUCUCACUAGCAAACAAGGCCAUGAGAAUUAGUUUAAACUAAAAUGUUUUUUUUAAAACAACCUUAUUGUUAUAAUUCAGCGAUGCACACAGUACUGUAAUUUACCAUUAAAUGAAGUUGUAUGUUCAUGUAUUUACGUGUAAUU